AUGUCGGACAACAACCGCUGGGGAAUCACUGACCAAGCUGAGGCUAAGCUAAAGCCUGAUUCCGAGAAGUCGACUACGGAGCAUCUCGGCGACAAGUUCAAGGGCAAUGCCGACAACGCCGCAUCCCAUGCGCAGCCUUCGAGCGAGAAGUCUACGACGCAGAAGGUUAGCGACACGUUCUCGACCAGCUCCGAGAAUAACGACUCGUUCUUGGACAAAACCAAGGACACACUUGGCAUGGGUGGCAACAAGUAG